AUGUCGCCAGAAAUAAACGGAAUCAGCGGAAACCCCCCAAGUGUCGUCAAACGCAAAAAGAAUCGCGAGAAGAAACCGCCCCAGCAGACCGAAUUCGACCUGAACCCCCUUUCAAACUGCAAUUACUUCCCUGUCAGCGCCCACCCGUACCACAACCCGAACUACUACUCUUUCCUGCAUCCCACAGAGCCCAUGUCCUUGCCAGUCUACCCACCCAACUAUCCCAGCUACACCUUCAUGGGCAGGAAUUUGGCCGUGCCCCAAGUGGACUCUGAGUACAUGAGCCUGCCUAUCGUCAACAUGGAGCAAAACGACGAAAGCAACAAACGGCGUUUUUCCGAUCCAGGACUACCCAAUGAAAGUGAUUCUAGUGCAAACUCCAUGGACGAACGAAUCGUUCAAAAACUCACUCAUCAAGUUGAUUCUUUGAGGGAGAGCAAUCGUAGGUUGUCCAGGGAAGUGAUGGAGUUGAGGGUUGAAGUGAAUAUGAUGAAGCAGCAGCAUGGCAUGAGGCAUUAUGAUAGGGAAUAUGAGCCUGGGAUGCUGGCGGAUGCUAUAAGGGAGGUGAGAGAUGCUGCUAGAGUGCGAGAGGAUGCUCUGAUUGCUAGGGUCAAGCACUUGAUUGAGGAGAAGCAGCUCAACUUGAAUCACAUGCACCUAGUUACUGAAAAAAACAAGAAUAACGACAGGAUAUCCAUGCUGGAGGAACAACUAAAAAAAUUAUCCAUGAACAAUAUUAGAUCUGACGACACUGCUAGUGCAUCACCAAACGAAGCUAGUACCAACUCGGCGAGGCAAGUACUAGAACUAGAAAGGGAAGCUCUAGAACUCCGUAGGGAACUACAAGAUACCAGGGCAAAGAAGGAAGAGUCAGAUCAAAAGUUGGUGCAAUUGGACAGAAAAUUAGCGAAUCUUCUGCGGCGCAGCGAUAUUUGCACGUCUGAUUUAUCGACUGACGACAAUAAAACCGCUUCUAUCGAAAGUCUGAGCAUCAUAACGACUUCCUCGAUGUCACAGGGUACUCCGAGGGUCACACUGACUGGACCUGUCACUGCCCUAUAA